UAAGCAUCGUUGUAAAGCCUGCGCAAGUUGUAAUUUUUUUUAAUUAAUUUAUAACCUCUCGUACCCAUUAUGCUAUACUGAACCACUAAUUUUUAAAAUAAAUACAUUUAAAUAAAUAAAAUGAAUGUGGUUUACCACUGGAAAUUAUCAAUGUAACGGAUUAUUAUUUAUUAAAACCUCGGUCUAGCCACUAUUUAAUAAUGUAUGAAUACUCACGAUCGAUUCCUUAAACAAAAUAACUUCUACAAAUAUUUAAAUUUUAAUUGUGAUAAUUAUCAGAGAUUGUUACAUUAAGCAGUAAUUAACAUCGUUCAUGAGCGAGUGAUCAAAUUUAUUAGUUAUGCUGUCAACGGGUUAGCUCUUCAUGGAUCAACCACUACUGUUUAAUGACUAUACAAGCAAGAGUCCUUGUUCGUACUAUUCACAUACAAAGCCUUUGGUAAAGAUAGGCCAAUCGUAUGGCAGACCAACCAAACCUUCAAAUUAUCAAGAGAUCAUGGUCUCCUCUAUUGGCGGUUUCGGCCGGACACAAGCCUUUAUCUUGGCAUCGUGCUCUCUCACGAAAUUCUUUAUCGCCUCCAGUAUGAUUAUGAUGAGUUUUGGUGGUGCAGAACCAGACUGGUGGAUUGAAAGUGUGAAAUAUAACUCCACAGACAACACAACCACCAUCACUAGACAGCUCAAAAAAUGUCCAACGAACAACAAUGAAACAAUCUUCUUCGACGACACCAUGUUUACCAUUGUUAGCGAGUGGAGCUUGGUAUGUUCCAGAGACUGGAUUCCGACUGUCAUCACAACUGUACAGAUGGUCGGUGUGUUAUUAGGUGCUGGAAUCAUGGGACCCUUAGGUGAUUUGAUUGGACGAAAAAGAUCUGUUUUGUUAGUAUACGUGGUUGAUCUUGUUUUGAUUUUGUUAAUUGGAUUAUCAGUAAAUUGGCAUAUGAUGGCGGUUGUAAUUUUAUUUCUCGGUUUUUCUCUUGGAGGAUUCUUGGUUCUCGUUAGCGUGUAUGCUUUGGAAUUCAUUAGCACAGAAUGGAGAACAAUUAUGGGAAUCGUUCCAAUAAUCGCCUGGGGAAUAGGCGUGGUUCUGUUUGGUAUUGCGAUUAAAAUAAUUCCACAUUGGAGACAUCUAUGCUAUACCAUUGCUGGGUUAGGAGCCCCUUUUGCGGUCAUGUUAUGGUAUUCUCCUGAAAGUCUUCGUUGGUUGUUUAUACAUGGCAAAAAAGAAGAAGGUAUAAAAUCGUUGCGAAAAAUUGCCAAAGCAAACCGCCGACCCGAACCGGAUAUUAUGUCUACAAAGAAACUGCUAGAAGAAAGUUUUAAGCCUGAUAAAUCUUCUGCAGCAAAAUACAGUUAUUUUGUUCUUUUGAAGCGUGUGACAACUAGAUACAAGAUUAUUAUCUUUUCAUACAUGUGGUUUAACUGCGCGUUUACAUAUUACGCCCUCACACUUGGCGUGAGUGACCUUUCUGGUGAUAUGACAUUAAACAUGACAUUAAUGGGUUUAGGCGAAUCUAUUUGUUUAGUUUUCGUAUAUCUUCUAACCAAAUGUCUAGGAAGAAGAUACACCACGAUGUUUCUGUUUAUCUGUACUUCCUUGUCAUCGUUUGGUGUGACCAUAGCGUAUUUCUCCUCCACAAGUAAAUUCGAACUUGCAAUGAAUGUGCUAGCUUUGACGUCGAGGUUCUUUUUGGCAGCGGCAUGGGGUUCACUCAUCAUUUUUACAACAGAAUCUUUUCCCACAAUUGUAAGGAGUUCAGCGUUUGGUUUUGCAUCUGUCUUUGGUCGUGUUGGUGGUAUUAUUGCUCCUCAGAACAAAUUUUUGAGAAAAGUAUCUGUUCAUUUACCAUUUACUGUAAAUGGCACGCUGGCACUGAUCAGCGGUCUCCUGUGUUUAUUUUUGAUGAACACUCAUGAUAUACCGAUGGAAGACCAUUUUCAGGAGGAACGGACCAACCAUUCGCAGGAGGAAGCUGAGUUGUAAUGAACCAAAAUCUGUUUAUACAACACUGGAACUACAGGCUUGUUUAUAAGAACGACCAACAAUUGGAUAAAACUUUUGUUUUAUUGUUUAUAUGAUAUUUUAGCCCUUUUUAAUUAUGCAUCGGCAUCCGCGUGUUUACGGUGCUGACAAAGAAGUUAUAUUUUGUUAAGAAGGUCUCAACAACCAACAACGCCCCACAAAAUAUUAUGAGAAUUCUACAGAUGCU